AUGAGCAGAUCGCAAGGUAAAGCUCGGGCAGUCAGCAGCAAGGGCUUUGGCAGCAGCCCUGCCCGUGGCGCUUUCGGUGGUUUCUCUACCAGCUCCAGCGGCAGCAGCCUCUCCUACCUCGCCGAACCGCCCGACUUCUCCUCCAUAUCCGAUGCCAAUGUGGUUGUUUCUUUCAAGAACCUCCUGAAGAAGGACAGCACAACAAAGGCAAAGGCUCUGGAAGACUUGGUUGCAUACACACAGGCACAUCCGUACGAGCAGAACGGAGACAAUUCCCGUCGAGUCCGCGAACUGUCCCACAAUCUCCAACUCGAGCUGGUGAAAUCGGCGCGAAAGCGCAUGGAGAGGCGUAUCCCGAGGAUUGUAGGCUCGUGGCUAGCUGGCACCUUUGACAAAGAUCGCGUUGUCGCGCGGGCUGCUAGUGAUGGGCUCUCGUCAUUCCUCAACACGGACGAAAAAUUCUUGCAGUUCUGGAAGAGAUGCCAGACGCAGAUCCUGGAUUUUGCCAUCGAGGCUAUACAAGAGACACCCGACACACUGAGCGACGAGCGCUCAACUACCGCGGAUGACGCCGAGGCAAAAUACCUUCGAGUCGUUGGUGGCAGUCUAUCUCUGGUUUUGGGACUGCUACAAAGGCUGCAGGAUACUGAUUUGGAGGUUGCGAGUGACAAAAAAGCAUCCUCAAGUUUGGGGAACAAAGAAGUCCCCCUUCGCAAGACUAUCAGGGUUUCUGGAAAGAGGAUCGCAGUUUAG